GGCGGAAAUUGCCGAGGCAGGCGGAGAGUGCCGAGGCGCCGCGCGGGAAGGUGCCGUGGCCAUGGCGGCCCCGGGGCCCGCGAGUCGCUUCUGGUGCUCGUGUCCCGAGGUGCCUUCCGCCACGUUCUUCACCGCCCUGCUCUCGUUGCUGGUGUCGGGUCCCCGCCUGUUCCUGCUGCAGCAGCCUCUGGCGCCCUCGGAGUUGUCUCUGCGCUCCGAGGCCCUGCGCAACUGGCAAGUUUACAGGCUGGUGACCUACAUCUUCGUCUACGAGAAUCCGGUCUCCCUGCUCUGUGGCGCCAUCAUCAUCUGCCGCUUUGCUGGCAACUUCGAGAGGGCCGUGGGCACCGUCCGCCAUUGCUUCUUCACCUUGCUCUUUACCCUCUUCUCUGCCAUCGUUUACCUCUCAUUUGAGUCAGUGUCGUCAUUGUCUAAGCUGGGUGAGGUGGAGGACGCCAGAGGCUUCACUCCUGUAGCUUUCGCCAUGCUGGGAGUCACCUCCGUCCGCUCUCGGAUGAAACGGGCCCUGGUGUUCGGUGUGGUGGUGCCUUCCAUCCUCGUGCCUUGGCUGCUUCUGGGCGCCUCCUGGCUCAUUCCUCAGACCUCCUUCCUGAGUAACGUCUCUGGUCUUUUGAUCGGCCUAUCAUAUGGCCUCACCUACUGCUACUCCCUUGACCUCUCUGAGCGAGUAGCCCUGAAACUUGAUCAGAAGUUCCCCUUCAGCAUCAUGAGGAGGAUUCCCCUGUUCAAGUACAUCUCAGGUUCUUCUGCUGAAAGAAGAGCAGCCCAGAGCCGGAAGCUGAACCCUGCACCUGGCUCCUACCCCACACAGAGUUGUCACCCUCAUGUGACUCCCAGUCAUCCUGUCACCCAGAUGCAGCAUGCCAAUGGCCAGAAACUGGCUUCCUGGCCUUCGGGGUACAUGCCUAGUCUGCCUCCAUACCAGCCUGCCUCCGGCCUGUGUUCAAUGCAGAACCACUUUAGCCCUAACCCCGGCCCUUCCAGUGUGUUCCCAGCCUCUGCAGGGACCUCCCAGGGAGUGCAGCCUCCCUCCCCCAUCAGCUGUACUGGCACUGUGUAUUCUGGAGCACUGGGCUCCGGGGCUGCAGGCUCCAAGGAUUCUUCCAAGGUCACCAUGCCCUAGCUAGUUUGCAGGGGGACUCCCAUGAUGUUGGACAGAGAAAGGUCCUAUCUGAGAAUUUCUUAAGUAAUAUUUAUUGAAGCCAGGUCAUGCCGGCCUGUCAUCCCAGGUGCUUGGGAGGUUGAAGCCAAUAGAUCAAAAGAUCAAGGCCUGCCUGGGCUCUAGAUUAAGUUCAAGGCCAGCCUAGGAUAUGUGUAACAAGACUCUAUUUCAGAAUUAAUAAAAAUGGCUGGAACUGGGCCUCUGUGGUAGGGUAUAAGACCCUGGGUCUUCAGCUCUACCAAAAAGAAAAAGAAAAUAUUUAUUGAAUACCUCUAUUCAGCUCUGUUGAGUAAAUGUCCCUAUGUCUAUGUCAUUUCCCUUCAAGGCAGCUCUAGAAAGUCAAGUUUAGUGAUCUAGCUUUCAGAAGCAGGAAGUAAGACAUCAUGGGGAUGUCUCACCAUGAUGUCUUAGCUAUGAUCAAGGCUGGAUCAGAGGUUGAAGGUCAUCCCCAGCUACACAGUGGGUUUGAGGCCAGCCUCUGUACAUGAGAAGACAUGCUGGGGUUUCUGCAGUCAUGAGGCUCCAAAGGCACUGUUGGGUCUCUUGCUUCCUGAUUCAGUGUCCUGAACAUGGUUGUCGUUGGCUGCCAGAGACGUGCCAGCCCUACCCAUCCUUCUCAGUGCCUGUGGGUUCUUGCUUGUAUCUGGUGUGUCUGUGUACAGGGCAGUCUGUGUAACAUUGUCGUCCCCACAACAUCCCUGUCCUGACUUCUGCCAGUGGUGCCCCAUGGCAAUGUGCUGGUAAUCCACCCUGGUAUGUCACCUUUCUAUAAAAAACAGCCUCCACCCUGCCAA